UGUUUUGAAGCUUUAGCAGAGAGAUUCUCUCCUUAUAACUAUCACUACGAUGCGUGGCUCUUUAUAUUUACUAGCCGCUCGAUGAAUGAUUCGCCUCUUCGGAGUACUUUAAACUCUGUGACAGCCGUCAUCCCCCUUGCUGACCGGACACCUACUACUCCAGGUUCCAGCCAGCCAAGUCAUCUAGCUACGGCCUCUCACUCACUAUGCUAGUCUUAUCUUGACUAAUUUGUCCCAGCUGUGCUUCUUUGCGGCGACCCCGAUACUAACAGAGCUCCGUGAAGCUCCCACCGUGCCUCUACGAUGGCUGGUCCUCUUCAUACCUACGGAGCGACGUGUCUCUUGGCCGAUGACGAUCCAGAUCCUUUAGCCUGGCAUCCCCAGGAUAAACCACCUAGACCUCGUCCCCAAUUCUUCUACACCUCCUCGUUACCGAUCGAUGACCCCCUGAGCGCCUUACCGCCUCCAACUGGCGGUCAAGCAAACGAGGAUGUGCGAGCGCCACCACAGCCAUUCUCGGUAAGAGAUAAUAUUGCGCUUGAAGAGGCAUGGCUAGCGAUACAACGUGAAAAUAGACCAAAAAAAGCUGAAAGGGCGAAAACAUAUGGGGCUGAUGUGUCCAAGCGGAAUUCAGGGAUAGCAGUACCAGGGAGCGACGCUGCAUUGACGCAGGACAGUGUGGGAGACACAGGUACUUGGAGGAGUUCUAGUUUAACUGGGAGCCGGAGUGGUCAUCCGGUUACUCCAUCCUUAUCGUUGGAAACGAAGGCCAAACAGAGCCCCGAAACUCGCCAUGACGAAUUAGGCAGUGUGGGUAGCAAGGCGGGUGGAUCCUGGGGGCGGCAGCGCGAUCAAUCAGCAUCCCUCAACAGCAGCCUAGAGGAUAGCCAUGUACAGGGCAGCCAUCGCAGGAGAGAAAUAUCACCAAGCGACAAGAUUAAUCCCGUAAGACGCAAUACUAAUAGGUCCCCAAACACUGAGGAUGCAGGUCUUGAUAGGGAGAGCAUAGGCUCUCUUGGACAUUCUCGUGAUGUAAGCAUUAGCGGAUCGCCCUUUAUAAGGGCUCCUAUUGCUUCAUCUAGUCCGUUGGCGCGAUCAGUCGAGUCUGUUUCAUUAAGGGACGGGAACCAGGAGGUUCACGCGGAACAUCAGCACAUCAGCUCAAGUUACACUACGCAAAAACCAUCGGGGCUAAGAACUAGUGUUUACCGGGAACAAUCGCCGGGGGUCUCUGGGGAAGAUACCGAUGGAGAGACAGAGGUCGCAGAAGAGGUCCAGUCGAAAAUCCCUGUGGGUGUAUCUCGACUUCACCUAGUCGAAUUGCCAACCCUCAAGAUGAAACCUAUAUACUGGAGCCCCCUCCAUGAUAUCUCAAAUGUUCUUCGUGCCACAUGGUUUUAUAAGAACACUAUGCUACCAGUGGAAACAGACCUUGCCAACAAACUGGAAGAUGGUUACGUUUACUUAAAACCAUGGACUGAAACCUGGCAAGAUGAACUCAAUAGCUGCGUGGAGAAUGGUGCAGAUGCAGAAAUGAAAAUUGUGCAUCAGCUCUGGUCUAAAGAUGAUGUUUUAUCACCGACCAUGGCAAUAAAUAGCCAGGGAACUGGGAACGAUAUCCUCGAGCCCUCAACCUUUACCGACAAUCGAGCCGCCGGUGGUUCUACUGCACAUGCUGCGGCUGUAAAGCCAUACAUGACCUCGAGCGUCAUCUACGUUGACGGAAAGAAUGCACAGAUCCUUCGUCCAAGUCUAUUGCCGUCUGUGUCCCGGGGAAGAAGACCGCUCAGCGCCGUUCGAAAGGGACGACAGAUCGGGAUACCCGUUGUGCGUGGAUUUAGCCAGCGCGCGUGGGAGAAAUUACAUCCAUCGAAACCUAGCCCUGUGGACGUCAGAAACUACCUCCGAGGAGCUCAGUCUAAACCCGUUACCCCCACUGGUGGCCAAAUCUGCUAUGCUUGCGCGAUGGAAGAGUCCCGACCUAUGCCGACAGAUCUACUUUUUGUCAUCCACGGCAUUGGCCAGAAGCUAUCGGAACGUAUGGAGAGCUUUCACUUCACGCAUGCAAUCAACGCCUUUCGAAGACAAGUCAACCUGGAGCUAAACAGCGAACCAGUCUGGCCACAUGUUCGCGAUGGCCAUGGAGGAAUUAUGGUUCUGCCUAUUAAUUGGCGCUCGACCCUGUCUCUUGAGGACGCCCAUCUCGAAUCCCAAGUAACAGAUGGCCCAGCUGCCAAUCAUUUCACUUUGAAGGAUAUCACACCAGAGACCAUCCCCGCUGUAAGAUCUUUGAUCAGCGACGUUAUCCUUGACAUUCCUUAUUAUUUGUCACACCACAAGUCUAAAAUGAUCGAAGCAGUUGUCAAGGAAGCCAACCGAGUGUUUCGGAUUUGGUGUAAAAACAACCCGGGGUUUCAACAACAUGGCCGGGUGCAUUUGCUUGCACACUCCCUCGGAAGCGCAAUGGCCAUAGAUAUCCUCAGCCAUCAGCCAACAAAAAUUCCCGACUUCGACUUCUCUAGUACCAGCAUUCACAGAGACAUCUUCGAGUUCGACACGAAGAACCUUUUCAUCUGCGGAAGCCCAGUUGGACUGUUCCUAUUUAUCAACAAAGGGAAUAUUCUGCCUCGAAAGGGCCGAGAUAAGUCUGGAUGUGAGGGAGAUGAUCGACUCAGUGGAGUUGCUGGUGAAGCGGACAUGUACGGCUGUUUAGCCGUAGAUAAUCUGUACAACAUUAUGCAUACGACAGACCCCAUCGCGUAUCGUGUUAAUGCGGCAGUCGAUAGUGAUCUCGCUAAUUCACUCAAAACUGCCUCCAUCCCUAGCUCAUCUGCCUCUAUUUGGCGAUCGUUUGGCGGCGUUUUUCGUUGGAACUCACCUCAGAGUUUGAUUGCUUCCGCGACUUCUGUGCCGGUUCGGCCCUCUGCCAUCGCAAAGCUCCCAUCUAAUGUCGAGAUGGAAACACAUGAUUUUACUCGCGAGGAAAUCGCCGAGAAGAGGAUGCUCCUACUGAACGAUAACGGCCAGAUUGAUUAUUUUCUCUCCGGUGGCAGUGGGCCACUAAAUAUACAAUACCUCAAUAUGCUGAGUGCACAUAGCAGCUACUGGACUCUUGCAGAUUUUUUUCGUUUCCUGGUUAUUGAAAUUGCUCGCAAGCAAACCCGUGAUGGUACGUUGCCGGCGUUUCGCGCGGUGAAAAAAAAGGGCUGGAAAUAUCAUAAAGGCUGAUAUAGACUAUUGAUACUACUAACGAUUAUGCUUUUGAUUAGCGAUUUACCUCUUUUUUUUGGAUUAGAUGGAGCCAAUACCCUUUUAUGUCCACAUAUUUGCGUUGGGCUGCCCUUAUGCUGUUAUGUUAGCUGGUAUGUGCCUAGCUAUCUACAAUUUAUUUCCGUUAUC